CCUUAUUUUGUGGGAAGAAGUUUAGGGAUAAAUGACAUUUUUAAUUUGAAUAAUGACAAUAAGGGAUCGCUGAUCUUAAAGAAAUAAGAGAAAAGAAAAAAAAGAAGAAGAAGGGAAUGAGAAUGAUGCAGAAAGAGAGAACCUUUGUCUAAUUGAUUUCAACUCUCUAUCUCUCUCUCUUUCUGUGUCUCUCUCCCUUUCCAAAUUAUUGCAGAACGCCUUUAACAUCUCACGUAGAUUUUCGAUUUUAUGAUCCCACAUUCUAAAGAUUGAAUUGGGUUUUCUGCUUUCAGUUUUUGGUGGAUGCAUCAAAAAAGUUGUUCGUACUAGGAUCCCAAUUGGAUUUUGUUUCCUUAUUAAAAAGAAAUCCAAUUGGUUUUUUUAAUUUAUGAAAUUUGAUGGUUCCCUACGUGAGCAAUGUUGCGAUCCCAAAUCGCCGGAGGCUAUAUCAAGUUUGGCCCGGAAGAAAUAAAUUCUUUUGCGGAGGGAGAUUGAUAUUUGGUCCAGAUGUUGGUUCACUAUUUCUAUCCAUGUUUCUAAUAGCCGGUCCAGCAAUAACCUUCUGUGUUCAAAUGAGCCUAAAAAUCUUAAAACAUGCGGAGGCUGAAGUCAAGCAUGGAACUAAUCAUCAUAUCCUCACACUUUGGGUUCCAGCAGUACUUGUGGCAUUAUUCCUCACAGUGAUGGAUAUGGUGUUUCUCUUGUUAACAUCGAGCAGAGAUCCAGGCAUAAUACCGAGAAAUCCACAGCCACUCGAAUGCGAUGAAGCAUUCGAUGUCACAACUCCUUCUAUGGAAUGGAUCAGUGGAAAGGGAGCACCAAACUUAAGAAUUCCCCGAACAAAGGAUGUUACGGUAAAUGGUUUCACAGUAAAAGUAAAAUACUGUGAAACUUGCUUGCUUUAUCGUCCACCCCGUGCUUCUCAUUGUUCAGUCUGUAACAAUUGCGUUCAGAAGUUUGAUCAUCACUGUCCUUGGGUUGGUCAGUGUAUUGGACUACGUAACUAUCGAUUCUUUUUCAUGUUUAUAACUUCGUCGACUUUGCUUUGCAUUUAUGUUUUCACCUUCUCAUGGCUGAACGUAAUAGAAGGGAAGAAAAAUCAUGCGAAUUCUAUUUGGAAGUCACUUGCAGAUGAGGCUUUAUCACUUGCCCUCAUUAUCUACACUUUCAUAGCAGUCUGGUUUGUUGGUGGGCUCACAGUCUUGCAUCUUUAUCUGAUCAGCACUAAUCAGACAACUUACGAAAACUUUCGCUAUCGAUAUGAUAAGAGGGAGAAUCCAUUCAACAAAGGAACAUUGGGAAAUUUCAAACACGCGUUCUUCUCGAAAGCGAUACCUUCAUUGAACGAUUUCAGAUCAUGGGUUCUCCAAGAAAAUAUAGAAAUUGAAUCUAACACCCCAAAUAGCACGACAGAACUUUUUAUGCCGGACGAAAUGUUGGACUUGGAAAUGGGAAGAAAACAAGAAUACGAUCAGUCAUCAAUGCCUGACAUAUUAAAAAAAUUAGACUACAGUGCUAUUGAAGAGAACCUGAAGGGAAAUGGUGCAAGGAGCAGGGAUGAUGAUAGUAUUCCUUUUGCAUUUCCUGUUCUUGAAGGAGUUAAUGUUGUUGAUGAAAGUAUUGGCGAAGGAUGCUUUUUAUGCCGGACGAAAUACUACAGUGCUAUUGAAGAGAACCUGAAGGGAAAUGGUGCAAGGAGCAGGGAUGAUGAUAGUAUUCCUUUUGCAUUUCCUGUUCUUGAAGGAGUUAAUACAACUUACGAAAACUUUCGCUAUCGAUAUGAUAAGAGGGAGAAUCCAUUCAACAAAGGAACAUUGGGAAAUUUCAAACACGCGUUCUUCUCGAAAGCGAUACCUUCAUUGAACGAUUUCAGAUCAUGGGUUCUCCAAGAAAAUAUAGAAAUUGAAUCUAACACCCCAAAUAGCACGACAGAACUUUUUAUGCCGGACGAAAUGUUGGACUUGGAAAUGGGAAGAAAACAAGAAUACGAUCAGUCAUCAAUGCCUGACAUAUUAAAAAAAUUAGACUACAGUGCUAUUGAAGAGAACCUGAAGGGAAAUGGUGCAAGGAGCAGGGACUAUAUUACUAUAUGCUGUCAGCUUGUGAUUGGAGCAAGGAGAUGUGAAGGUUACAUCCAGAUAAUGGAGAGAGUAUUCAGCAAGAGGAUGAAGGAUGAGAUUGAACUGCAUGUAGGCUGUAUUGGAGAGGAUUUAGUUUCUUCCAGAAGCUAA